AUGGCUGCACCGCUGCGAAGAGCCCUGUGCCUGGCAGCUGUCGCCGCGGGCAUCUUCAGUCUCUCAGCUGUGCGCAGCUUCGUGUCUGCCGGCGGCCGACCUGCUGCCCAGCCGCGUGUGCAGAUGCAAGCCGUCAGCGUGAAUGACAAGAGUGACAACUUCAUUGACAAGGCCUUCACCACCAUGACGGAUGUUGUGAUUGGCUUGAUUCCGCUCUCCCAGCAAGAGAAGGAUGCCUAUCAGUUCUAUCGUGAUGGCAUGGCAGCUCAGGUGUCUGGUGACUAUUCCAUGGCGCUCCGAAGUUAUGCGGAGGCGCUGAAGUUGGAGGAAGACCCGAUCGACAGGAGCUACAUUUUCUACAACCUGGGUAUUAUCUUCGGCUCCAACGGAGAAUACGUGAAGGCAGUGAAGUACUACCAUCUUUCUUUGGACCAGAACAAGGAGCUUUGCCAGGCGUACAACAACAUCGCGGUGAUCUACCACGAUCAGGCGGUGCGAGCUGAGAAGAAGGGUGCCUUGGACAAGUCCACCGUCCUUUACGACAAGGCGGCCCUAUACUGGAACCAGGCCCUCCGCAUUGCCCCGACGAAUUAUUUGGAGGCCCAGAACUGGCUGCUGACCACCGGCCGCAUGAACGCCGAAGCCAAGAGCAAGCUGGGAGGCGGGUGUUUGGUGAUCUUCUGGCUCUGGCUGCUUGACUGCAAGCAGUGUUUCUGCUCUUGUGUGGUGUUCCGCAGCGACAUUGCAAGGUUGAGCCCGUUAGCGCUAAUUGCAGACCCGGCAGCCGCCUCGGCUGCACGACUUCUCACAGAGGACAGAGCCAUCUGCUGUAGAAGUGGGACAGUCUAUGCUGAGGCCAAAGACGUCAACAAUGAGUCUGUGGACGAGUCCUCCUUCCUUAGUUUCUUCGGGGAGUGUGAGAAGGAGUCGACAAAUGGCGAAGCGGCAGACUUCCCCAGCAAAGAGGACCUUCAGAGGCUCUUCACAUUUUGGGACGAAGCUGGCAAUGGAUCGCUGAAUGAGGAACGGGUAUCUGAGAUUCUGCGAAGAUUCAUGAAGGUCGUCGGCAAGACUGCAAUCACCGAUGGCGUCAGCAUCAAGGCCAACAGCCUCCGCAAAUUGGAGGUUGGUGACGUGGUCGAAGUUCUCGGCCCUCCGACGAAGGAGCCCGAGGUGGACGUGAUGCGAGUGCAGGUCCGUCUCCUUGCAGAUGGGACCGAAGGUUGGGCCACCAUCUCGGGCAACCAGGGGACAGACUAUCUUCAGGACGGUGGAGGCACCUUCAAGGUAGUCAAGGAAACGCUUCUGACGGAUGACUUCGAGAUCGGUGCUGCCAAAGAGACACCAAAGAUCUCACGUCUCGUCACACGUGAGCAGUUCGAAGCCAUGUCCGAAAGGGACCGACUUUUGCUCCUCGAGUUCUUGUGGGAGCGCAAGCGCCGAAAGCGCGAGAGUAAGGACGUGAUGAGGACCGUCAAAGAGUCGUGGCCGUGGUUGUGGUGGCUGCUCACCUACCUCUGA